AUGGAGAUACCCGUGAUCGACCUCACACCGUACAUGGACGCAGCUUCUGGCAAGUUCAAUUGCGACGAACGCCUGCAUCCUGAACUGAAAACGGUGUUCAUUCUGAAAUAAACCGGAGCUCUUCUGGUCAGAGAUCCGCGAUGCUCGACCGAAGAUAAUGAUCGAUUUAUCAAUAUGAUGGAGAAGUAUUUCGAACAACCAGAAGAAGUUAAGCGCGUCCAAAAGCGUCCUCACCAGCAUUACCAGGUUGGUUCAACACCAGGAGGAGUUGAAAUACCUCGUAGCUUGGUUGAUCUUGAAAUGCAAAAGAAGUUGAGAGCACUGCCUAAAGAUCGACAACCUAAGAUUCCAACCGGUCCAGAUCUGAAGUCAUGGUACACGUGGAGGGUUGGCCCUCGACCAUCCAAAACUCAAUUUAAGGAAUUGAACUCUGAGCCAGUCAUACCUGAAGGCUUCCCCGAAUGGAAAAAGAUCAUGGAUUCAUGGGGAUUUAAAAUGAUAUCAACCGUAGAGGCUGUUGCUGAAUUGGCUGCAAUUGGAUUCGACUUACCAAAGGAUUCCUUCACUAAUCUAAUGAAGUUGGGUCCACAUCUUCUUGCACCGACAGGAAGUGACCUCGGACGCUAUGGUGAAGAAGGAACUGUGUUCGCAGGGUAUCAUAACGACAUCAACUUUCUAACGAUUCAUUACAAAAGCAAGUUCCCUGGUCUAAGUAUUUGGUUAAGGAAUGGGGAGAAACUUGAAGUGAAAGUUCCUGAUGGAUGUCUACUUAUCCAGGCCGGAAAACAGCUAUUUUCCAAUGUAGCAUCUGAUGCUGUGUUGAAGCCUUUGGGACACUUUGCAAAAUCACCUCUUGCAGCCAGUUAUCCUCCCAUGUAUGCCGGAGAUUAUUUCGAAAAGGAGCUUUCUGUGAUUAACCUCAAAGGAAAGAAUGGGGCUUAG